UGUUUGCAAUCAUUGGUCACAACAAGUAAUCAUUGAGUGAAUCCAUCGCACGAUUGGUGGCAGUGAUGGCCGACGCGGACGACACGACAACAGCUGACAGUCAGACGAAGGCCUUCGACAUCGAAGUGGUCUGCGAAUCGCUCCAGAAGUGCAUCGACGACAAGAACGCCAUCGAUUUGGACCACUAUUUGCGAGCAUUCAAUGAGCUGCUGAGGUUCUUCAACCUCUUGGGCGCAGUGUUUGUGUUUGUGGCGAAAGACGUGAAGGAGAAGAUCGCUAUUCUGGAGCAGUACUCGAAGGAGUUCUCGACGGAUGUCCACUACAAGACACUGCAGCAGAUGAUUGAGUACGAGUCGACCCACAAUCUGCUACGCGUGGACCUGUCGAAGAGGCCGUCGGGGGCGCGCACUCUCCUGCGCCUCCACAGAGCCCUCGAGUUUGUGUCGCACUUCAUGCUGGAAGUGAGUCGUCUGGAGGACAGUAAGGGAACGGCAGACGUGGCCCGCGAUUGCUAUAAGAAGACGUUAGCGAAGUACCACCCGUGGGUCAUACGCAAGAGUGCCUCAUUAGCCAUGUAUACACUGCCGUAUAGGCGCCAACUGGUCGAGCGGGCCUACAGCGGGUCAGUGCCCUCCGAGCAGACCCCCAUCGCCGUCAGCGACAGUAUGAGUCGGUUGGCUCUCGUGGCCGAAGAGGUCUUCAACGCCACCCACAAACUCUAUGACGAACACAAUUUGCUUGAUUUGCCUUAACCUCACCACCUGUUAGCUUAGCUAACGGUUCCAGAUAAGCACCGGUAGGUCUCUAGUGUUAUCAGUCUGUUAAGCAUUAAUCAUUACUAGUAAACCCUAUGCUCUCAUUUGUACUCUUAAUCCUUUGAUUUUAUUUCAAUUGGGGA